UCCCAACCAAUGCGGUCAACCAAAGGAUUUCCAAUUUUAGAAUCACACACAAGUCCUUUCUAAAUCUACUCUCUCACUCUUUCUUCUGGAUUCUUCAUCUUCUUCAUCCUCAUAUUUUCCAAUGUCUGCAAAUACACAUAAUACCCUCAACUUAUGGGGCGUACUCUCCGAAUCAAAGCGCAUAAUCAAUGUUCACUCUCGCCAUUUCUUAGCUCUUUCAGUUCUCUUCCUUUUGCCUCUCUCUUUCUCCCUCAUCACCUACCCUACUCUUCAAACUUCUCUCUUUCAAUCCGGUUUCACCAUCUUCCCGCCCGAAAACACCCACCUUUCAGCUUUCCCAGAUAACCCGACCCGGAUUCUUAUUCCCCUUGUAUUCACUAUCUUUGCUGUUCUUCUUUCAGUUUUAGCUAUUGCUACAAUCACCUACAGCACUUUUCAUGGGUUUUAUGGUAGACCCGUUAAGCUUGUUUCAUCAAUUAAAUCAGUUUUAUUUUCUUUUUUUCCUAUUAUUUCGACCCUUUUCAUUUCAAAUGCUAUUGUUGGGUUUAUUACCAUCUUUUUUGCAUUUUUCUUGGUGUUUGUGGUUAAGGGGUUGGAGUUUCUUGGACUAGAAAUGGGCUAUGAUUCAUAUUACUUCAUGGGCUUGGUUAUUUGUUUCGGUUUAGUGCUUGUAUUGGUCUUGAUUUGGCUGCAGGUUAAUUGGUCAUUAGCUUAUGUGAUUGUUGUAGUUGAAUCUAAAUGGGGUUAUGAACCUUUAAAAAGAAGUGGUUAUUUGGUUAAGGGGAUGAAAUUGGUUGCUUUAUCAAUCGUGUUGUUUUUUGGGGUUUUAAUAAGCUUAUUGGUGGUUGGUUGUUCGAGUUUUUUGGUUACUUUAGGUGAGGCAAGUGGUAGGUGGACAAGUUUUGGUGUUAUAUUCCAAAUGGUAGUGAGUUCAGGAUUUGCAACUCUGUUAAUGCUUCAGAGUCUUGCUGCGAACGUAGUGUUGUAUAUGUAUUGCAAGGCAUAUCGUGGGGAGCUAGCGUUUGAGAUCGCGGAGGAGUUUGCGAGUGAGUAUGUGUGUUUGCCUUUUGAUAAUGAGAAGGUUCCUCAUCUUGUUUGUGUUGUUCAAGAUUGAAUGUGCCUAAGGUCAGUGAGAUUGUUAGGAUGCCACAUUUGGUAGUUUGGAGAAGUAGUGUUUUAGUUUUAGUCAAAGCAUGUAUAUAGUUUCUUGUUUGUUAGAUAAAUGAUGGAAGAUGUGUGCUACUUGUUGGCAAUGUGCAUCUUUCUAUGUAAUAAGCUUAAUGCUGAUGAAUUUUCCUUCUAGUUUUGCCACUUCUCAUGUAUCAUCCUAGUAUGAAAUGUGAAGUUAGGUUGAAUAUUAUGUCCAGCUUAGCUGCAGUGGUGUCUCGUUACCUUGCUCUUGAGACUUGUGAGAUCCAACUUGAUUUGAAGUUGUGGAACAAAUAAAGUGUACAUUGAAUCAGAAACAAUUGAAGGGGAGCCUCCGAGCCGUGGAAACAACCUCUUGCAGAAAUACAGGGUAAGGUUGCCGCACGCAUAACAGGAGCUUAGUGCAUCAGUAUGUCCUUUUAGUGAAUCAGUAACAAUGAACUAUGUCCUUGAAGCUAUUUCUCUUCCAUGCGAAUUGAUCCCGGAUGAAAUCAUGUUGCUUUAAUAGUUUAAGCAAAAAGAAGAAAAAUUUAAGUUCAGAGCUUCUACUUCUGAAUACUUAUGCUUAUAUUGGAAUGUAUGUAAAAUUGGAGAUGGUGGUUUUACUUGCAUUUAUAUGAUAUAAGGCCAGUUGCAAAGUGUGUAUGAUGAGAAUAUGGGAUGAUCUGCCUUGAGACUAACAAGCUCUUUAGGAAUUUGACAAUGGUUCAAUGUAAAACAAUGAAUAUGUCGUUGCAUAUGUCUCAUUGCAAGCGCAUAUAUGAAAAUUUCUCUGCCAUUUGGAUCAGAGAUUUAUA